UUCCACAUCCUGUACCGUUACAGAGAGCCGCAUCUCCGACCUUUGUAUUGGAAGUAAACACGAAGGUUUAGCGGAUGAGUGAGCGGCCGAAGGUCAGCUGUGAGUCUGCAUAAAGGGAGCAGACUCAUCACCUGUCCUCGCGCCUGAGGUGAAGCUCAUGACGUUGCGCUUUUAGUGUAAACGCGCUGUUAUUCAUUGAGACUCGGGUUGAAUCUCACUCCUCGUGUCCAGACGGUCGCCAUGAACUUCUUCUUGGAGACUCUGAAGGUGCUCGGGUUGUUGGUGGUCUACUCCCUGGAGGCGUUUUUGCGGCUGUUUGUCCCGGUGAGGAGGAAGAGUGUUGAGGGAGAGCUGGUGCUGAUGACCGGUGCCGGGGCGGGACUGGGCCGGAGCAUGGCGCUGGAGUUUGCGCGUCUCGGCGCGCGCCUUGUGCUGUGGGACAUCGACGAGACGGGGAACCUGGAGACCGCGCGCCUCAUCAAAGAGACGCACGGCGCGCGAGCGCACACCUACACCUGCGACUGUAGCAGCAGAGAGGAGGUGUAUAAAGUGGCGGACAGGGUCAAAAGGGAGGUGGGUGACAUUACUAUUUUGGUGAACAAUGCCGGCAUUGUCACGGGGAAAAAGUUCCUGCAAUCUCCAGACUCGCUUAUAGAGAAGACUAUGGAAGUCAACAGCAUGGCCCAUUUCUGGACAUACAAAGCUUUUCUCCCAGCGAUGAUUGCUGCAAACCACGGCCAUGUGGUCAGUUUAGCUAGCUCAGCUGGACUUAUUGGUGUCAGCGGACUGGCAGAUUACUGUGCUAGCAAGUUUGCAGCAGUGGGCUUUGCAGAGGCGAUAGCUCUGGAGAUGGUGGCUCUGGGCUGUGAUGGAGUGAAGACCACCAUAGUGUGUCCCUUCUUCAUCAACACUGGAAUGUUUGAUGGGGCUAACACAAAGUGGCCGAGAAUCAUGCCUAUUUUGGAGCCGGAUUACGUGUGUCGAAAGAUUGUGGAUGCUGUUCGGAGAGAUCAGGUCUAUUUAUAUCUGCCUCGGAGCAUCUAUCUAUCCAUCGCUCUAAAAAACAUAUUGCCUGUUAAAAUAGGAGUUCUGCUUGGUGAAUAUCUGGGAGCAUUUGACUUUAUGGCGAAGUUCCACGGGCACGGCAAGAAGAACAACUGAAGUCUGGGGAAAAAUUAGCCCCAUCCGUAGAGCUUCAGGGUUAGGGUUAUCAUCAGCCAUGUUUUCAGUGAUAACAAACUGAAAUUAUGAAUGGAAUAGAGCAAAGCUGCAUCGAGAAGAAGAAAUCAAUGAAGAAUUAUUAUUUAAAAAUAAUGUAAGCAUUGUAAUGCAAACUAAUGUUGGCUCUAAGCUAUAAGCACUUAAAAUGGAACGCACGUAAAAUGUACCAGGAUAAUAGUUGUGUAUGUGUACAUGUGUAUAACCGUACUGUUUGUAUUUUAUGAAGACAAUAAUUUGUAAACUGAUGAAGAUAGCACAUACUGAUACAUAUAAAUGUAGUAUCAUGAUAUACUUUUAACGAAGGGCAUACAGUGCGGAAAGGUGCCUUGACUGAGUAGUUUCUGUGUCUCUUUUUAAAAAGUCUUUUUUUUUUUUAAAUUUCUUAACUAACUGUAAUAUGUACUGACGAUUUUGGUAUUAAACCAAAACAAGUUCAGCAACUAUAUGCUAUUCACUGUGAAACCCAAUAAAACUUAUA